UCGCCAACCAUAUCCAGCAGAACCAGAGCCUCGUCUGUUGACAACGACUGUGUCAUCACCACAACAGUCACUGAAGCGUCUGAAGUGAACCAUUUGAACAAAACUAAGAACUUGAGAAUUAGAAAAACUAAAGUGUCGUCAAGUGAACCACCAUUUAGUCCAAACAACAACGGGUCGAGCGAUGAAGACUUGACAGUAAAGGAUAGUUCGGGUGUUCAGUGGCCUAAUAGGUCCCGAUUAAGGACUGCAACGGCUGUGAAGAAUCAAAAGAUUACUAAACAAAAAAAUAUGAGUUUUAUAAAAGAUACAAAUAAUGAUAAAAUUGCAAACCGUUUAGUCGAAAGGCCAAAGAAAGGCCGUGAUAGGGACCAAAGCAAGACAUCGUCUACUCAACGCUCAACCCGUCGUUCGCGGGACCACAACAUUGUGAUGACAACGACUGGCAUUAAUCUGAAUACCAGUGAUUCUUCAUCCGAAUCACUUCACAUGGAAAUCGUUGGCUUAGAUCUGUCUAACGAUUUGCCCAACAAUUAUAGUAACGACGCGUCGACCGCAUCGACCACUUCACCCAUCAUUACGUCUUCAUUAUUAGUCAAAAGAAAGACGAGGAUUGGACUCAAUAACAACAACACCGACCAAUCGGAUAACAACACCACAAAACGGAGAAGAGUUGUUAAAGAGAACCACAGGUAGUGACCAAUUGUGACCAUAGAUGAAGAUGAAGAUGAUAUCAUUCAUACCACCAAUUAAUAACUUAUUGAUAACUAUUACGUCUAAUUGAUUAAUACUGACUGAUAUGUUGGUUGGUUUGACCAAAGGAUCACUUAAUGGUUUGAAAGCCAUCACUGAUUCACUAAAAUAAGUGAUGAUUUAAAUGAGUUAUUGUCUGUAAAUACAACACAUAUUUGACAAGAAAUGAAACUAAUAUUUGGUUAUAUAUUUUAUGCGUGAAUUUAUUUACACUUUAAACUGCUAUAUAUAUAAGAGAGUAAUACUAAACCAGAUAUUAUUGAUUAGUUGAAGCGCUGUAACAAAUGUGCAAUUUUUGGUUAUAAAUCCCUUUAUUUCAAUGAUUGAUAUAUUGUACACAUUUUCUAUACGACAAACAUAUAGACAUCAAUUGCUGUUGCAAUUAGUAUUAAAUGGUUUUAUUAGAUAUUUGUUAUAUUAUUACCUAACCUAUCGAUAAAGGCAUUGGUAUUUAAAUACUGAUC